GAGAAAAAGAGGGAGCAGAGAGCGAGAGCGAGAGCUUUCUCUCCAUAACUCAACCAUCGUGUCUUUCUGAUCAAAGUCAAAACCCACCCAAAAAGACCACAACGAUACACAGCACACCCUUUAUAUCCUUUCUUUCUCUCUCAACACAACUGGUUUUUCCUCUCCACAACCACUUUCCUAAGCACGCGGUAUUUUUAUUCUCUCUCUCUAUCUCUAUUUCCUCGGUGCAACAACAACAACACUGCUGCUGUCAUAGGGAUCGAGGCGGCAGUAUCCGAGUGACGAUCACAUUGAUGAGAAGCGGAAUUUGAACUGUCGAUUUCGUGUUCAAGUUUUGGAUCUGUGAGGAUGAAGUCUUGGUCAGUGGAUGAGUGGAGGGAGUACUUUGUGUCUGCGAAUUCGGAUAUUUUUGAGAUAAUUGAAAACGCUAUAAUCGUGGCGGCUACGGAUUGUCCCAAGGAGUUUAGAGUGAAGAGGGAUGCGAUUGCAGAGAGGCUGUUCUGUUCCAGGUUGACUCGCUGUGUGGGUUGUGACCGUGUGGAGUUGGCUGCGAGGGGAGUUGGUAAAGAGAGUGAUGAUGAAGGCUGUAAGAAUGGGGUAGAAAGAAAUGAGGGUGAGUUGGCAGGAGCAAGCAAAGAGAGCAAGGUCAAUGAAGGUGGAGAUGAGGAUGCAGAGAUUGAUGUGAAUGGUGUUAGCAACUACAGUUUUGGUGAGGCUGAGGCAUUAACUGANGAGAUGGAUGAAGAGACUCAGUAUAUGGGGGAGAUUUUGAGGAUNAAAGAUGUUCUGCUUAACCGUGAAGAAGAGUCUGAGUCUGUCUUAUUUGAAUCGCUAAGGAGGCUUCAGCUGAUGGAGCUAACAGUGGAUUGUCUUAAGGCAACUGAGAUUGGAAAGGCUGUCAAUCNUCUCCGAAAACGAGGAUCAAAGGAAAUUCGUCAACUUGCAAAAACUCUUAUCGAUGACUGGAAACGAAUGGUUGAUGAUUGGGUGAAGGCCACUGCUACCAAUGCUAUUGCAGCUUCAGAUGAAGGCACACCCGAUUCAGUCAAUCCAUCUGUUGUUGAUGAUGAAGAAGAAGAAGGACUUCCAUCGCCUCNUAUGGAUGAAGGGGCCUUCUUUGUUGCUCCAACUGGUUCCAUGGAACUUUCUCAGUUCUUUGAUGGCAUGGAUGAUGAUGGAAAUCCUCGACCAAGUGGUCCAUCCCACAAGAACCGUGACAAUAAUGGCAGAAAGCCAGCCAUCCCUAACAGGGAGGAUAAGAGUGAACAAGCAAAGAGAAAUGUUGCUGAUGUGCCAGUGAGGCCAAAUAAGCCAGUAAGCUCUGAUUCUGGCCCUGGCAGACCCCUCCCAUCUAAUAAUAUGCAGAGAAAAAGCAAUGUGGAGCCAAAGAUGCAGCAAAAAAUAGAGAACAAUUCAAUCACAAGGAGGCCUCCCAUUGGUCAUCUAGAUAAACCCAUGCAUUCAGAUGAUGCGGCUGUCCAAGUGAAGCUAGAAGCCACCAAGAGGAGACUUCAGGAGAGUUAUCAACAAGCUGAAAAUGCCAAGAGACAGAGAACAAUCCAAGUUAUGGAAAUAAAUGAUCUCCCGAAGAAUGUUAACUACCGAAAUCCACAUGCGAAGCCCGGUUUUCACAAUAGGAACCGGGCUAAUACUCGAAGGUAGAGAGGUAUUAUUGUAUACGGUGGACCAGGAGAUUUAGCAGAGCAUGUCCACCAAGCUGUUUGUUCUGCGGAUUGAAGAUUGGUCCCCUUGACUGUAGAGAAUGACAGCAUCCAUUGAGAAUUUGGUCUUUGCAUAGUUUUCAGAUUGAGAAGGAAGUAAACCUUAAAAGUGUUUAUUUCCCGCGCUAUAGGAGGAGGAGCUUAGGAGUUUAGGAGUUAAGGUGGUACAUAAGAGUUUUUGUUAAUCUUAGCUUAGAAGAGAGGGACCCUAACUUUGGCACCUCUACUUUUGACUUGCUUCCAUAAUGAUUGUCUAUAGAAAACUCUCGAUUGUUUCUGGACAGUUAGUUUUCUUGUCAUAUCUAAGUUAGAGUACAUACAUAUACACCAUUUCAAAGUGCUGGUCUUUAAACUCCUUCAUGUGUUUAUGGUAGCAGGUGUACAAGAAUUUUAAUAUCAAAUAACAAUUGAAUCAUUUUUUUCCAUGCCUUUUACUUUUUCAAUCUUUAUUAGCAUAAUUACUAAAAAGUUGGUCCCAGUCAAAAUGACAACUUUUUGUGUUGUUUUCUUCUUGUGUGGGUUUGGUUUGAUAGUAGAACAGAAUGGAAUAGAAUAGAAUUGAGGAGGGAAGAGAAGAGUGACCCUUGAUGAAUGUCAUUGGCCAUAGGAGAAUGGAGAAUUUGGUUUGGUCUAAACCAUUUAAAAAAUGGAUGGUAUGAAUAUGAUUAUGACCAUGACCAUGAGAAAGAAAGAGAAAGAGAGAGAGAGAACGUGCAAAAGUUGGAGGAUUUUUUUAGCUUGUCGGCUUGACUUUCUUUACUUUGUUCUUUUGUUUUUAGCAGUAACCAAUGAAUCCUCUUCCUGUUACUGUUCCUAUUCACAUUUCUGCGAUUUGCGUGUAUCACAAAUUAAACUCAAAAUCCAUGCCUCUGUUAAUUAAUGCCACACACACACACACAACAACACAUUACAAUUUCUAGCUGUCAA